AAAACAAACACACAAUAAAGAAAAGAUGGAUGGCCGGAAAAGCCUUUAAGAAGGGUUUCAAACCGGUAGGCUCAUUUUCUUGUAAACAAAAACAACAUUUAUUUCGUUGCUUUCAUUUUCUUUCAUUAAUUCAUUUUUAUGAAAUUUCUAGCCUGCUUUUGAAUUGAGGUUGCUUUGAAACGAGGAAUGACGAAACUUUUUUAUGUGUGGCUUUUUUAACUCCUUCCCAUCAACUCAGUGAGAUUUUUAUUUGAGGUGUUUAUGAUCGUUGUUGGUGUGAAAAUCUAGGAAGAAAAUAAUUCAUUUUUGAAGAUGAAUAAACAAAGAGUUUGUUGAGAUGGAUUGUGCCACUCCCAUGCUUCUUUUGUGUGCUGGAGUAGUGGGCAUGGAUGCGCUUUCUCCUAAGCAUCUAAUAUUUGCAACUAAGAAAAGCCUCACUUCCGAGAGGAAAUCAUUGAACUCUGUUUCUCCUGGGUCAAUUUGUUCUCGGUACCCGAUUUUUCGAUCUCAAAUUCAGGCCAAGCGUGCUAAUUUUCAAGAUUUUCAGGAUUAUGCAAAACCUUCACAUCUUAUACAAGCCUCUGAAUUGGAGAUUUGCACAAAAGCUUCAAUUGAGAAAAUCCUAUCAUCAUUGAAGGGAAAUGAAUCUCAGGCCUUGUUCAAGGUUGAUAUAAGCACAAGCAAGCUCUAUGGAUCAAGUCUAAGUGACAUGAAUGCUGGUGUUCUCCUGUGUUUGAUAGAUGAAAAGGGCAAUUCCAUAUUACAGAGAAUAUCUCCAAGUUUGGUGACAGAUCAUGGCCAUUCAAAAGAAAAUGAUAUUUUGAUUGGUCCUGAAAUUCUCUUGUUUCAGAGAGGUUCUUUUGAUGAGUUCGUCUUCAAGGGCCCUAAAUUGGGUCGAUUAGAAGCUGUUUGGCUCAGCGUCGACUCAGGCCAGUGGAGAGCAGGAAGUCUAAGCUUGUAUGUCAUAUCACAGUUAAAAUAUGAAGGGGAAGAGCUUCAAUACAUGGGUCUCAAGUUUGAAUUCCCAGCUGAGGAUAUAUUGCUUGGGGAGGGCAGUGACAAAUCAAUGGUAGAACUUCGGCCUUGUCUUGUAUCGGAAGUAUCUGAAAUUGAACCCUUAUCCUUCCUGACCCAAAGCUCAAAUGUAGCCACCAUUGACAGUAUAACCAAUGAGGAAAGCAUGAAAGAAUAUGCAGUGUUGAAGCUCUCUUUACUUGCUUACGAUGCGCUGUUGAUCGUUGCUGGCACAUCUGUUUCAUCCUUCUUAGACGGUGAAAAUGCUGGUCUUGCAUUCUUUGGUGGUGGUGUUCUUGGGUUCUUGUAUCUGCUGCUCUUGCAAAGAUCUGUGGACGAGUUACCUUCUCCAACGCCAAUUUCUGAAACAAGUGGAAAUGAAGAUCGACGAUACCAAGGCCCUCUAUCAGCUUUGGCACUGGCAGUUGGAUUUUCCAUUCUUAUAGUCAAGUUGAACUUGGGAGAUUCAACCACGAUGUUGUUGUCGCCUAAGGAAGUGGUGAUAGGAAUGCUGGGAUUUCUUGCAUGUAAAGUUGCAGUCGUUUUGGGUGCAGUAAAGCCAAUGGCACUGGGUCAAAAGGUGAAUGAAUGAACAUGAAUGUUCUUGAUUGGGGAACGUUAUAGUGUAUUCUUCAAAAUAGCAAGAUAGAAUGUGUAACAGUUCAAUUAGGCGAGAAGAUAGAAAAAAGAAAAGUAAAAGAAAGACGAAAGAAACUGACCUACAUAUUGUAGGGGAAGAAUAGUUUAGAAAGUUGUGUAUAUAAUAUAGUUAUGCAUGUGGUUGGAAAUAAAGCUUCUACAUUUGAUUUGGUGUAUCUUUUGCCUGGAUUGGAAUACUUAAAGGAUGAAAGUUGGUUUGAUUAA